AUGCAUGGGCUACUAGGAUGCAAACGCAAUUGGAGAUCCAUUGCUCUCGCGCUUAACCAAAAAGGUCUUGGACAGGUAUAUUGCAUCGAUGCAAGAAACCACGGAUCAAGCCCGUGGUCGAAGGAAAUGAAAUAUGAAUUCCUUGCCGAAGAUAUCCUUAAUUUCGUCAACACUAUGAAGUCUGCCAGUGUUUCUCUAAUUGGUCACAGUAUGGGAGGCAAGGCGGCAAUGACGGCUGCACUGCUGGAGCCUUCUAUGAUCAAUAGCCUGGCGAUCGUAGACAUUGCUCCCAGCAUAUCCCCAAACAUGGCUGACACGAACUUUUUGGUUUCCCUGAUGAGCCGCGUCGAUGCUGAAAGAAUGGCUAGUGCAAGAAACCUUCAUACACUUCGGGCGUGUUUAAUGAAGGAGUGGGAAGAGGCCGUUCCUUCAUACCAACAGCGCGCAUUUAUUCUCGAUAAUCUCAUUGAGUCCGGAGGCAGGAUUGCAUGGCGUGUUAAUUUGGAGGCUAUCCGAAACAGCUUGAGUAAUAUUUUUGCUUUCCCCUUUUCCCGAGAGCACGAUAACAUGACUUUCGGUGGUCCUACUCUCUUCAUCGCUGGAGAACUCUCACCUUUCUUAAAAUCCGAUCAAAUGCCCAAUGUACUCCAUUUUUUCCCGCGAGCUCAGCGCGUGGAGAUUCCCGGCGCUGGACACUGGAUCAAUGUUGAUGCUCCCGGGCCUCUUACCGACAAACUCGCGGAGUUUCUUAAUCCCUAA